UGAGUUAGGAGCUCAGAAAUGGCAGAAAAUGAGCCGUUACUAGGGAGCAACAACGGCGGGGAAGAGGUGCUAGCUGAGCGUGAAAGUGAAGCAACUCAUAGGAAAACUACGACACCUUCUUCUCGUGUUGUUUCUAUCGAUGUGUUUCGGGGCAUCUGCGUUUUUCUUAUGAUACUUGUGGAUUACGCUGGUUCUGUUUUUCCCAGCGUUGCUCACUCUCCAUGGAAUGGUGUCCGCUUGGCAGACUUUGUAAUGCCUUUCUUCCUCUUUGUUGUUGGAGUUUCCCUGGCAAUUGUAAAUAAGAUAGUUUUAGACAGAACUGGGGCAACCUUGAAAGUUGUGAUUAGGACCUUGAAACUUUUUGUCCUUGGCAUUUUCCUUCAAGGGGGUUACUUGCAUGGCAUAACUGGUUUAACCUAUGGUGUAGAUAUUGAAAGAAUACGAUGGAUGGGAAUUUUGCAGAGAAUAGCUGUUGGAUAUAUUAUAGCAGCUUUGUGCGAGAUAUGGCUUCCAUGUCAAGAGAUGAAAAGAGUUGCCCUUUUCAGAAAUUAUAUUUGCCAAUGGUGUAUCAUGUUCCUAUUGUCUGCUAUACAUUGUGGGUUGAUAUAUGGCCUGUAUGUCCCUGACUGGCAAUUCAGUGUGUCGCAGUCAACUGGAAGCACCAUUUAUGAGGUAAAAUGUUCUGUUAGAGGAGACCUUGGACCUGCAUGUAAUUCUGCUGCUAUGAUUGAUCGCUAUAUUCUUGGAAUAGAUCACCUCUAUGCAAAACCUGUAUAUAGAAAUAUGAAGGAAUGCAAUGGAUCCAACAGAGACACAGUUUCUGAGAGUAUGCCUUCUUGGUGUCAUGCCGCUUUUGAUCCUGAAGGCAUUGUAAGUUCACUAACAGCUGCUGCUACAUCCAUCAUUGGCCUCCAGUAUGGUCACAUACUUGUCCAAUUUCAGGAUCAUAAAGGACGGUUAUACAAUUGGUCAAUCCUCUCACUUUCACUUCUUGCAGUUGGUUUAUUCCUUGAUUUCGUAGGCAUGCCAUUAAACAAAUCAUUGUACACGAUAAGUUAUAUGCUGGUAACCUCAGGUGCUGCUGGAAUCACAUUCUGUUUGUUAUAUCUAUUGGUGGAUAUUUAUGGUUGGAGGCGCUUGAUGUUCGUUUUAGAGUGGAUGGGAAAGCAUUCUCUUAGUAUCUUUAUUCUCAUAACAUCAAAUAUAGCUGUGAUUUUUAUUCAAGGAUUUUAUUGGAGAGAUCCUCAAAAUAACAUUGUCCGUUGGAUUGUGACACGAUUCGUACAGAAAUGAUUUCCCAGGUCCAUUAGCUCCUCACGGCUCACACAAUGCAAGAUGCAGAACUUGUCUCAGUAGAAAAAAAUGCAGUAUCUCAUCUACGUGUACUAGUGAGCCAUUUAUGAAUGCUAACAGUCAUGGUUGUUGAGGUGAUUCAACUUGUGCAUAAAAAGGAUGAUGAAUGAAAAUAACCUAUCAUACUCUGCUGCUCUGUAGAGAUGAAGCAGUACCACAGCAAGGAGUCUAUAAAUGUACACAGUGACAGAUAUUUUCUUGUGUAAGUAUCUAUGAUGAUCAGUACCUCAAAUGUUUAAAUCUAUAAGUGAUUCUUAAAUAGCAUCUGC